CAGCUGCUUUYAAAAAUAAGAUUUUUCGGCUGCAAACAGGAGCCGGGUGUUAUUAAUGAACGCCACCUCGACAUUAGCUUCAGUCGCUGCUGUUUUAGAGUUUGUAACCCGGUAUUUGUGAGUAAAAAAUACUUUAAUUCAACUCUUUGCGGCGAACCUUAUGUUUCUGACAACAGCCCGGAAACGGACGAAUUCAGCUGCUUCAGACUGCAGGACACUGGGAUAAAGAUGAGGACCUCUGAAGGAAGCUGAGAAGUUGGAGCUGAUUCUUCAUUACCUGCUUGGAUUGAUCCUGUCUGCUCUGACCUGAAGGCAACUCUGAGAAAGUCGACCAUGACUUGAAACAUACAUUUCUUCCUGUUCCGAGCCGUUACACUUAUGUCGUUCCCAGAACUGCAUGUUCCCACGUGAGUCUUUCACCCUCCGAUUUCUGACCGAUGUACCAAACAGGGAACCGCUGCAGGAAGGCUGCGUCGUUGCAGAGGUGGAAGAAAUUCAUGUCGUCGGUUAAGGGAGCGUCUCAUCUGUCCAGGAGGGCCAAGAGACGCCUGUAUUUUAAAUUACAGUUUUGGUUUUGGAGGAAAAGGAGCGAAAAGCACCGUCUUUGGCUGGUCAGAGGUCAACGAGGUGCCUCAGGGAUCAGCUCUCGGCUCGGUUUAACGCUGCCAUCACAGAAAGUUGAAGAUUUAACAAAUCACUUAGAAAACAGAACAGUUUCAGAAAGACCUGCAGUCCCUGAGCCAGAGGAGAGACCAGAUGGAGGUUCAGGAGGAGCCGUACAGCAGAACGGCCGGUCGGGUUGGAGUGCAUCGGACAGCUCUUCAGAGACACUUUGUGAUUCUGGCUGCUUGCAGCUGACGGACUCUAAUUUCUCCUCACUUGUUGUCGGUCAAACGACACAAACCGCUCUGGCCUCAUUGCCGAGCUCAGAACGUUCUGUGCAGCUCAGAGAAACGACCAGCCCUUUAAAGCUUCCUCACAAUGUGAACCCUCUGCCACGUGCUGACAGUAAUGCCUGCGAUGAGCAGCCGGAGGUACUCCCAGCUGAUCCUCUAUCACAACAACACAGUCACGUUUUCUCUUAUCAGGACCAAAUGUCGACGACGACACAAUGUGUUGAUGACAGAAUCAGCAGCGAAACAACUUCUCCGACGAACAUCUGUCUUUACGAACUGACAACCAACAUCCAAGACUUUCUAGAUGGUUUCUACAGGAGAUAUGGAAGCUUCAUCCCUCUGUGUAAGGAAGACUUAUUGGGACAUCUGAAGAGGAAGUUCAACUCUGACCUCAGCGACAGGAGAAAUCAAAUCAUCUCYGAGGUCUUCAGGUACCAAGCUGCAGUCAUCGAGAAACCUAUCCCAUCUUUUCAAGUCGUCUACAAGAAACACAGACUAACUCUGGAGGACUUGCUGACCCUGGCUGAUCAGAGCUGGCUCAAUGACCAGGUCAUGAACAUGUAUGGAGAGUUGAUCAUGGAGUCGUCCCAUCACAAGGAACUUUUGCUGGAUCAUAUUUUUGAUAGACUCCGUAAUCGUUUGGAGCAUGUUCUUGAACGUAUGCCCCUCGAUCUGGAUUUCCUAGAGUUUAUCUGCACUCAAGAACUUGUUUUUUUAAAUGCCUUAUCUUGUCAGGUCGAUGUUCCCCCAAAUAUUUUGGAUGCGAUGGCUCAUUUGCACAGACUAAUUAAUGUACAAAAACAAAGUGAAGAACAACAAACAGCUGUUGUGCAUUUUGAGCAAGGACCAGCUGGGCGACAACGGAUGGUCAUAUCCUCAUCAGACUACCUUUGUAGUCUUUUAGAACUCCAUCUCCCUGUCCCAUGCAUCGCCAAACUCUUGGAUAUAUCCAGACGGACUGUAUAUCGACGGAUGGCAGUCUGGUCUUUCAGUGAGGGCAUCAUACACCACCAUGUCAGAUGAUGACUUAGACCAAUGUGUGAGAGACAUUAAAUCCAGGCAGCCUCACUCUGGGUACCGAAUGGUAAAGGCCCUUCUGCAAGCCAGGGGACUGAGGGUGCAGUAUGAUAGAGUCAGAGCAUCCAUGCAUCGCGUAGACACCAUUGGAAUGGCAUCACGUAUGGUCCAGCUAGGAUGCAUAGCUCGACGGACAUACUCAGUUCCUGGCCCUCAGUCUUUGAUGCACAUUGAUACCAACCACAAAUUAAUACGGUAAAUCAUUUAUCUUCUAACUUUGAAGUAUGCUUGUUAAAUAUAUUCAACUCAUGUAGCAUUUUUUUAAUUUCACAGCAUGCCACAUACCUUUUGGAAAUAAAAGCAGCUUUUUUCAGUAUUAUAUACAGUGGUGUAUAAAGUAUGUCCACAAUGGCCAAUGUCCGGCAUGUUCUGCUUCAACAUAGCCAAACACAAGCAGUACCUGAUCUGCCUCUGCAGAGACCUUGCUUCAAAUUAAAUUAAAAUAAAAACAUCCCUUAUUCCAAAGGGAAAUUAAAUGUUGUAACUCAUUAAUUUAGGUUAUUCAAAGAGUUAUUGCAGAUGGUGAUGGCUGAUGGCAGGAAAGAUCUCUUGUAGUGUUCUGUAUAACAGUCAAUCUAAAGAAGCCUUUCACUGAAAAUACUCUGUUUUCUUAAGACAUUCUCAUGAAGUUGUUGUCAGGGACAGGGUUGUCCAGUAUUUUAUUAUGAAGAAUUCUUCUUUGCAUAAGCAUCUUCAGAGGUUCCACAUUCGUCCCCAGAACAGAACCAGCCUUCUUUGUCAGACUGCUGAGCCUUUUUAUGUCUCUGGUUCUGAUGCUGCUGCCCAACAGGUGAUGGCAGAAGAGAUGAUGUGCUCAACAACAGACCUUGAAGGAACUUAGCUUCCUCAGGAAGUCCAGUUUGCUCUGUCCCUUCUUACAAACAUGCAUGAUCUAAAAGAAACAAGCCUUUUUGGUGACAAUAUUUAAUGGUAAUGAUAUUUUCUGUUGUUU